CCGAGAACGCGGAACAUUUAAAAAAAAAAAAAAAAAAUAGACCCUUGGCUCCAGACUUUGGGGACCUUGAAUGGCGGAAGCAAUCGUAAUCGCCCCGCCUCCUUGGUCGUGACGACAUCAGAAAGCGUCCGAAGACGUCAGAGAUGCUGGACUCGCUGUUGGCCUGCGGUGGCUUGGUGCUCCUGCGAGAUUCCGUGGAGUGGGAGGGGCGUAGUCUCCUAAAGGCGCUUCUCAAGAAAUCGGCACUUCGUGGGGAGCAGAUCCACGUUCUGGGCUGUGAAGUGAGUGAGGAAGAGUUUCGCGAAGGUUUUGGCUCUGACGUCAACAGCCGGCUGGUUUACCAUGACCUCUUUAAAGACCCUCUUAACUGGUCAAAAACUGGCGAAGCUAUCCCCGAAGGACCCCUAGGAACCUUAAGAGCCUUGUGCAGGACAGGUCCCGGCCCUGUCACCAUUGCUCUUGACUCUCUCAGCUGGCUGUUGCUUCACCUUCCCUGUGUUACACUCUGUCAAACUCUGCAUGCUCUGAGCCAGCCAAGUGUCUCCCCAGGUGCUGACCCCCUAGUAGAGCAGGUACGAGUCCUGGGCCUACUACAUGAAGAUCUUCAUGGUCCUGGCCCCAUAGGAGCGCUGAGCACCCUUGCUCACACAGAGGUGACUCUGAGUGGUAAAAUGGACCAGACUUCAGCCUCCAUCCUCUGUCGAAGGCCCCAACAACGUGCAGCUUACCAGACUUGGUGGUUCUCCAUCCUUCCUGACUUCAGCCUGGAUCUCCAUGAGCGGCUUCCCCUCCAUUCCAAGCUACUCUCCAGUCACACAACUCAGGUGGAUCCCACGACUCAUUUGACCUUUAACCUUCACUUAUCCGAAAAAGAAAGAGAAGCCAGAGACAGCCUCACUCUGCCUUUCCAGUUCAGCUCUGAAAAACAGCAAGCACUGCUGCGUUCUGGCCCAGGCCAGAAAACUAGCCACAUCUUCUAUGAGCCAGAAGCUUUCGAUGAUGUGGACCAAGAAGACCCAGAUGAUGACCUAGACAUCUAACUAGACAGGAGAGGACUGUGGCUCAGAACCAUCCUGUUGUGUGCAGAGACUGGUCCCUGCCCUCCCUCUGUUGGUUGUGGAGGCCCUGUCCUGUAAACCAAGGAGUAGCGUCUAAUUGGGGCAGAAAGUGUAGUGAGAGUGUCGUGUAUAGCACGAGAACAAGAAACCUCCCUCUUCCCAUGCCUGUUUCUAAUAAACCAGAUGUGUGUGUGUGUGUAUUAAUCUAAAA